CUUUAUACUAUCGAUAAAUAAACAAAACUAAUUUCGCUGCCGCAACAAGUGAAUUUGAAAUAAGUUUAUUUAAACAAUUAUGUCGGUCUUCCGCCUGAACACGCUGAUGAGACUUGCACCAAAAGCAUCGGCUAUUCGAUCCAUUCAGAUGCAGCCCCAACGAAACCUCGCCGCCCAGACGGAAUCCGGAAUCACCGGCGAAUUCAAGACUCUGGCCAUCAGUACGCCUAAGCCGUUCGUGUUUCAUGUUGAGCUUCAUCGGCCCAACAAGCUUAAUGCCUUCAACAGACAGAUGUGGCUAGAGAUCAAGGAGUGCUUCGAUGGACUGGCUACAAAUCCCGAUUGUCGGGCUAUUGUCCUGUCCGCGUCCGGAAAGCACUUCACCGCCGGUAUCGACCUUAACGACAUGAUGAAUGUCGGCCAGACACUGGCUGAAGCCGAUGAUUACGCCCGCAAGGGUGUCAUUAUGGAGCGUAUGAUCAAGUUGUAUCAGGACUCGAUCAGCAGCCUGGAGCUGUGUCCCAAGCCGGUUAUCACCGCAGUUCACAAAGCGUGCAUUGGCGCUGGCGUGGAUCUGAUUACCGCCUCCGACAUCCGCUACUGCACAGAGGAUGCCUUCUUCCAGGUCAAGGAGGUGGACAUUGGCAUGGCCGCCGAUGUGGGGACCCUGCAGCGUUUGCCCAAGGCGGUGGGCAGUCAGUCUCUCGCCCGGGAACUGUGCUUCACAGGCCGAAAAUUCGAGGCAGCCGAGGCACAUUCUUCGGGUCUGGUGAGUCGCGUCUUUCCGGACAAGGAGUCAUUGCUAUGUGGAGCCUUGGCCAUCGCAGAGCUCAUCGCUAGUAAAAGUCCCGUCGCCGUGAGGACGACAAAGGAAAACAUCAUUUAUUCGCUGGACCAUACUAACCAAGAGGGAUUGGAACACAUUCGCCUGCUAAACAAGCUCAAUUUAUUGUCGGAGGACUUUGCCCAGGCUGUGGCCGCCCAAUUGACAAAGGACGAGAAACCCGUUUUUGCCAAACUGUGAUGUACGAAAUAUGAGAAAAGAAACGGCCGAAGGACUGAAUUUAAAAUGUAUUUGCCAUGUAUGCAUUCAAAAAUACACCAGCUGCUUUUACUUUA